AUUAUGUCCUAUCUCCUGUGUGUUGGCUGUCUUUUGUCACACUUGUGUGCUUUGUAACUUGUUGGCCAUCUAUGGCCUCAUAACAAAUGUAGUAAAUAUUUAUAUCUCUUAGAGAUGCUGCAGAAUUCUGCCAGCUACAUGGGUUUCUGAUCAAUAGAAAUACUUAGGUUGCAGUAAGUUGGUGCAAUGUUUUUAUUUGUUCUCUCAUUAAAGCAUGAAUGCAUCCAACUUUACUAUUGCACAGUGCAUUUGGCUCUUAAUUAAAAAAAGGAGUGACUGCGUACUCCCUGCUGUAGAAUGAUCAGGAGUCAGCAGUACUUUUUAUAGCUCAUGUGGUGUGUUGACUUGUUGCUGCCAGGCUGGCUAAGGGUAAUGAGUUGUUAACAGCGAGUUGAAUGCUUGCACAGCGCCUCUUCAGCUUGCUGUGUGUGGGGAGUAAAAAUCCCAGGGUCUUCCUCUACUCCCUUGUCUCAAGGAAAAGAUGAUGCCUAUCUCUGAUCUCGUGUUUCCUCCCUGGUUCAUUUCCCUGUUGGCUGGCAAGCUGCUGCUGACAAACCAUAAUUAAAUCACCAGCUGUGGUGUGAAGGAGGAUGCCACUGGGCCAUUGUUCAGCCAGUAAAACAGUGCUAUGAGUUCCCACCCAGAGUCAUUGGUUCCAUCAGAUACGAUUGGACACCAGCCUUUCCCCACGAAUAUAGCUGACGGCAUCAACCAAAAUGAAAACACCAAUUAGCUUCCCAUGCACUCUGAGUUUAAUUAUUUGUAUUUUAUAAUUUAUGUAAAGUCAAGUGAUGCUAAACCACACAGGCCUACUAACUAUCAGUGUACUCUUGAAGUAGUACUUUGCUUUUGUACUGUUCACAAGGCUGGAUUUCCUCUUUGAGCUUAGAGGACUGGGGCUGAAAACAGAGAUAGACAGCCCCAGACGCAUCUCAGCCUUGAGUAUACCUUUUUGUGUGGGAGGAAGCUGAUGAAGAGGACUGUAUUUACUGUUAGCCUGGUGAGUCACUGAUGUUCUCACAGUAUGUGACCACUUUGUGGUUUUUAAGUUCUGGCGCCAUACAUUGUUUCACAGUGUAUUAUUAGCCACUGAUUAUUAGAUCCUGAUUGAGUAACGGCACGUUCUGUAUCUGUGGUGCGACGCAUUCGUUUAGGCUAGAAGAAGGAACAUGGAAACGAAUGGAUUGGUGUCAGUGAAGGGACGUGGUUCAGGCUGUGUGUGUGUUGUGUGUGUGUGUGUGUCUCCUCACAGACCCACUCAAUCUGUUUGGUGGCCAGACGGCUUUAUUGGGCACAUGUGCCGGGUGGCAAGGCGGCUGGGCUUCUGGCUGGGGCCGGUGAGGUUGCCAGCUGUACUGGGCUUGGGGAGGAGGACGAGGGACAGCUGCUCUGUGGUCAAGGUUGCCGGGAGCAACAUUUCCCACAAGCUACGUCUGUCCAGCGUUAAGCCCUCUGACGAGGGAACGUACGAGUGCCGUGUGAUCGACUUCAGCGACGCCGACCGGAACGCCCGUCACCACAAGGUCAGGGCGUACCUGCAGGUAGAGCAAGAGGCCAACCAGAACCCUCCGCGGCGCCGCCACGGGGACAACUUUGAACCGGAAGGCAUCAAGGGCCUGGCGGGCAGCACGAACCAGCAGGAGCAUGGCCACCACAGCCACCACAAACCACCAGCCGCCGGUCGGGAGCUGAGGAAGAGAUCCGCCGAGGCCGACAGCACCACUGACUGCACCGACAGCUGUCCUCUAGACUCCAGCGCUCACCCAUAGCCACCCCUGCCGGCUCCUGACCGGCCCCAAACUGACCCUCGCCCCCAAAAACAACCUUGGCGAGUGGCUUCAGUCCCAAUUGGCUACAGUGCAGUGAACCCAGACCUCUGAUUGUCCCAGUUGAUAGCUCUUCAACCACAGCUCCAGACGCUGAAUGGCCUCCAGUGCUUCCUUAGUCCUAGGUCUCCUUUACCUGUCCUUACACCGUCCCAUCUAAAACACACCAAGACCUCCCACUGGCCAAACCCCCUCCUAUUCAUACACACCUUCAGUGUCCAUGCUGUACAUAGUAUUGUAUAUAGUGAAAAAGAGUGCAUGUUCAACAUGUUUUUCUUAGAAUGUUUUUCAGUCAUCUCCGGGGAACUGUAGGCUGGAAUGGUUACUUGUUGCUUUGGUCAUAAAUGUUGGUUUGCGGAUAUCCAGUUAUUCUACGUAAUCUGUUUCUAAAGCCUUGUUUACACCUGGUGGUAAUACGAGACCUUCGUUCUGAUAUUGUCCAUUUACACUGGUAUGACGUUAUCCUGAUAACUUAUAAUGCAUCUUCUAAUCGUCCGAAUGUGGACAAGAUCAGGACCAAGGCUGAAAAAAGCACCAACAUUUACAUUUGAUUUGCCAAAGUGGAAACCAUUUUAUGGUGUUUCGUGCUUUCCCAACAGACUGAGUGUGUCCGUGUGUGUGUGUCCAUGUGUGUGUCCGUGUGUGUGAAAGACUUGGGAUGGGGGAAAAAAGAUUGUUUCUUGCUAUAAACUUUGCUUUGAUGUUUUGUAAGAGAUCAUUGUAAAAAAUGUUGUACAUUUUAGAAUUUCUUCUAUAAUGUUGGUCACACAAUACAUGUAUGCUUUUAUCAACUUAAAUAAAUUGUACAUUAACCUA